AAAAUGUACUAGUCCCUGCUCUCAUGUAUGGUAGUGAACUAUGGGGCAUGUCUAGUACAAGAUCAGGUAGGAUUACUAGAAUCCUCAGGAAAGCAGUCAGGAUGGUGUUUCGGACAAAAAUAGUUCCAUUAGAUUGGAUAAUGGACGAAUUCUCGAUUAUAGAAUUCAAAUACGAGCGGCCUUAA